AUGGAAACUUCAUCAACAACGCGUCUUCCCAAUGAGAUACUGUUCAAUAUUCUCAGUCAUUUCUGCCUCCAUUGCCAAGACCACUAUAACCAGGACUGGGAUGAGCGACCACUACGCGCAAUCAAACCUUGUCGUGAAGAGCAACAGCCUAAUGCAAAAUCGUGGUAUUCCAUCGAAAGAAAUACACUCUUCGCCGCUUGCUUAGCUUCAAAGGGUCUUAGAGAUAUUGCUCAACCGAUUUUAUAUCACGAAUUCGUCUUGGGUUACGGCGAUUCCUGGAAAUCUGACCUGUAUGACUGGGGAGGCCGCCUUAUUUCAUUUAUGCAAACCUUGGCUCGGCGUCCUGAACUUUGCCGUCAAGUUAAGGUCGUCUACAUCAAUACCCGUCUUUUCACGUCCAAUGACGAGGGAAAGCGAGCUACUCUGCUCGAAGCGGCUCGGGCUCUAAAAAUCGACCUUCCGGCCGUUUGGAAACAAAGAGCGUCAAACAUACUGGCAAGUGAAGCUGAGGAUUGGCCUGAGGUCUAUUCCAUCUUUCUGAGCACAUAUCUUGACGAAAGUCGGGAUUGGACAGAAAAGCAGGAGCGGCGUCUACGACGGGCAAUGGACCAAAGUCCUGCACCUGCUUGGCGCUGGCUGAAUUCCGAGCUCAUGGCCAUGUUAAUUGCCCAAACGCAUGCCGUACAAUACUUCAGCAUUCAAGGCAAUCGCACAUGGCCAACAAAUGGACUUCCUGAGUCUUCUCUCCGGUCUUUAGGAGUCGUCAAUCUCCCACUGAAAACGCUCGAUCUUGGUAUUGCUGCCAAUUCUCUUAUCGAGCUUGCUCCAACUCUUCGAACUCUAAACCUCCAUGAUUAUUCGGGAGACUUGAGCGCAUGGGAUACAGAACUCCCGAACCUCAAAACAUUGAGAAUCACGAAUGAUUACUUAUCGGCCAAUACUCUUCGUCGACUUCUAGACGCAUGUACGGGAGGGUUAGUUGCCUUUGAGUUUGAGGCUUACAAGAGGGUUGCUGAAUCUCCCCGUUGUGGGUUCGAAGACUACGAAAACUACACUCCUGCUCCUCCACAUAUGCUUCGCGAUUCUCACUUCCAACCGUCCGACGUCAUUAAGAUCCUACAGAAACACAAGAACACUCUACGGAUACUGCACCUUGAUCUCACAAACCGCGAAUAUCGCACGAAGAAGAUUCCAUUGGACGUGAACCUCAAAGACUUCAGUACUCUUCAACACGUUUUUAUCAACGCAUUCCAACUUUUAGGCUCAGAAGAGAACAUUGAGAUUGAGCAUGAAGUUUUGAUUCGACUUCUCCCCCGUUCAAUCGUCUCUUUAGUGAUCCAUAGAGAGAAUUUCAGAAGACGGUGCCGAGUUAAAGAAGCGCUAUUUGCAUUGGCAGAUUCAAAAUCCCGGAGUCCGGAUCACUUCCCUUUUCUCAAACACGUAGCAUGUAACUUGAGAAAACGUUCGACUACGGUAUCUAGCUUGCGGUCCCUUUUUGAGCCAGUGGGUGUCGAAUUUUGUACUAGAGUCGAGUCUUUGAAUAAGCUCAAGCCGUACUUGAGUGGUCACAAUGGCAGCUCCAGUCUUGGUUUUCCUGUUUUCGACGACUCGAGUGAUGCUGAACUAUGA